AUGGCUGAUGGAAACCAUACAAGAAUCACAGAGUUUAUUUUCAUAGGCUUAAAGUAUCAUCCUCAGAUGCAAGUCUUCCUUUUCUUGCUCUUUCUAUUUUUUUACCUCGUUACCAUGACAGGAAACUUGGGUAUGAUUGUUCUCAUUCAGAUGGAUUCCCACCUUCACACGCCCAUGUACUUUUUUCUCAGUCACCUGUCCUUUGUGGACGUCUGCUUUUCAUCUGUAGUGGGUCCCAAGAUGCUCACGGACUUCUUCGCUGAUAGGAAGGCCAUCUCCUUCCUGGGCUGUGCUUUGCAGCAAUGGUUCUUUGGGUUCUUCGUGGCCAUUGAGUGCCUUCUGCUGGCAUCCAUGGCCUAUGACCGCUAUGUGGCCAUCUGUAACCCAUUACUGUAUUCUGUAACCAUGUCACAGAGACUUUGCAUACAGCUGGUGGUUGGACCCUAUACUGUUGGCUUCCUGAGCACCAUGACUCAUACAACAGCUGCUUUUCGGCUUCCCUUUUGUCGCUCCAACAUUAUUAAUCAUUUCUUCUGUGACAUGUCUCCCCUUCUUUCUCUGGUAUGUGCCGACACCCGGAUCAAUAAAUUGUUGGUUUUCAUUGUGGCUGGAGCCGUCCUGGUUGUCAGUAGCCUGACAAUUAUAAUCUCCUAUUUCUACAUCCUUACUGCCAUUCUGAGGAUCCGCUCUGCUGAUGGGAGGCGCAAAGCCUUUUCCACCUGCUCCUCCCAUCUCACGGCGGUGUCCAUCUUAUACGGGACUCUCUUCUUUAUCUAUGUGCGGCCAGGUGCAAUUUUUUCCCUAGAUGUCAACAAAGUGGUGUCGGUUUUCUACACCGCGGUGAUCCCCAUGUUGAACCCUCUCAUCUACAGCUUGAGAAAUAAAGAAGUGAAAGCUGCCAUGCGCAGAACGAUCGUCAGGAGCAAGUUUUGCAUCAGAAGUUAA